GCUAACUUCAAUUUGUACAGUGUUUUUGCAUAAUUAUUAAAUCAAAAUUGUUAACUAAUUCGACUAAUUCUAAGGCUCCUGUUUUAAUUAUUUAUUAAUUUUGAUUCUUCAAUUGAUCAUUUUUCACUUUUAUAAAUAGUUAGAUAGAAAAAUGACAGAAAUAGUGAUAACAGAAACAAGAGAUCAUCAUUGAGCCGGGGGUCAUAAAAUUACAAAAAAAUUUUUGCAUAACAUUUUCUAUUAUCUUUCAUUAUUUUAUAAAUAAAUACAAAUUUUUAUAAAAUACAGUAUUAUCAGUGCUCAAAAAAAAGUGUUUAAGCUUGAAAAAAUAAUGAAACGUGUAAUUCUUUUUGCUAAUGGUACCGACGUAAAUGGCAAGGUUUUCCUAGUGACACACUCCAUUGACGAACUUUUGGCAGCUGCUAGUAUAAAAUUCGAAAUGGUAGCAAAAAGAAUAUUUACAUCUCAAGGAGGGGAAAUUGACGACAUUAAAUUAAUUAGAGAUGAUGAUAUUUUAUAUGUAUCAAAUGGAGAAGAUUUUUUUACAAGUGCACAAAAUAAUUUUGCUAAAUGCUCUGAUUGGAUAACAUUGAAUGUCGGUGGUCGUUAUUUUGCAACAACAAAAAGUACGCUUAUUAACAAAGAACCAAUGAGUAUGCUAGCAAGAAUGUUCACCGAGAGCGAAGAGUGCGAAUGGCGGCUAGUACCAAGUAAACGAGAUCGAAGUGGAGCCUUUUUGAUCGAUAGAAGUCCCACAUAUUUUGAGCCACUGUUAAAUUAUCUGCGACAUGGACAAUUAAUUCUCGAUCCUAAUCUUAAUGCUGCAGGAGUUUUGGAAGAAGCUCGAUUUUAUGGAAUCGAAGGUGCAGUUAGCAUUUUAGAAGAAAUGGCAGCUGAAGAACAAAAACGAAAAAUGGAAACAUCAUCGCUUACUCGACGCGAUGUAUUAAAAUCAAUAAUGUCAACACCUAUUUCUUUUGAAUUACGAUUUCAAGGUGUUAAUUUAGUUGGUGCUGAUCUUUCAAGACUGGAUCUAAGAAAUAUCAAUUUUAAGUACGCCAAUUUGCAUGGCUGUAACCUGGAAGGGGCCAACUUGUCAGGAUGCUGUUUAGAACGAGCUGAUUUAUCGAAUGCAAAUCUCGAAGGUGCGCAAUUGGUUUGUGUGAAGAUGUUAUGCGCCAAUUUGGAGGCGGCAAAUCUGCAUUCCUGUAAUUUCGAGGAUCCCGGUGGAUUACCCGCUAUUAUGGAAGGCGUUAAUCUAAAGGGAGCGAAUUUAGAGGGCAGCAAUAUGGCAGCUGUUAAUUUACGUGUAGCAACACUUAAAAAUGCAAUAUUAAAAAACUGUGAUUUGAGAUCCGCUUGUCUUGCUGGUGCCGAUCUUGAAAGUUGUGAUCUGUCGGGAUCGGAUUUACACGAGGCGAAUCUACGUGGUGCCAAUUUGAAGGAGGCUGUCUUUGAUCUUAUGCUCACGCCGUUACACAUGUCGCAAACGAUUCGAUGAAAGUAAAAGAAUUGCAAGUGCGGUCGUCAUGUAAAAAAAAAAAAAAAGAAAAAACGAUAAACGGCUUUUUAAGUUCUGUGAUCGUACUUAGCGGUAAGAGAUAUUCCAUUAAAAUUUCGCGCCACAAUUUUUCUAUAAGUUAAAAAAGUUUUGAUACAAAAGUUUCGAAAAUAAGUUUCUAAACUAUUUUUUUCCCAAUGGACGUUUUGUUCUAAUUUUUUUUUCUAUUUUUCGUUUUAAAUUGCAACCUCACUUUAUUUAAUAAAUUAUUUUAUUAUCUAUUUAUAUAUUAAAAUUUAAUAAAAAUAUUUUCUUUUUUAAUUUUUGAAGUUUUGAACUUUGGAAAAAAAAAAUUUCUGCAUCUUUUAACUAUGGAAUUUUUCCCCUAAUAGAAAACUUU